CUACGUCGCGCCUGCGCAGUAGGUGGCGGCGUGACACGCGUGUGGAGGAAGUGAGGUGACAGCUCUGCAGCAGCUUCGCGGAACCGGCUAAACUUCGCUUUUAUUUAUUCGCGUUAAAAUGUCGUGGCUGUUCGGUCUGAACAAGGGGCAGCCGGAGGGGCCUCCCGGUCUCCCGAUUCAGCCUCCACCUCCUCCUCCUCCGCCGUCCGGAGGCUCCAGUGGCGGAGGGGAUCGACCCAAGGACAAAUGGAGCAACUUCGAUCCCACCGGGCUGGAGCGAGCUGCUCAUGCGGCCAAGGAGCUCGACAAGUCCCGACAUGCCAAAGAGGCUCUGGAUCUGUCACGAAUGCAGGAGCAGAGCACUCAGAUGGAGCAUCAGAGCAAAAUUAAGGAAUAUGAAGCAGCAGUUGAGCAGCUCAAAGGCGACCAGAUACGAAUCCAGGCGGAGGAGAGAAGGAAAACCGUCAACGAGGAGACCAAGCAGCAUCAGGCGAGAGCCCAGUAUCAAGACAAGCUGGCCAGACAGCGAUAUGAAGAACAACUACGGCAACAGCAAGCGCUGAACGAGGACAACCUCCGCAAACAGGAGGAGUCUGUCCAUAAACAGGAGGCCAUGCGGAAAGCAACGAUAGAGCACGAGAUGGGGCUGAGGCACAAGAACGAGCUCCUGCGCAUCGAGGCCGAGACCAAAGCACGAGCCCGCGUGGAGCGAGAGAACGCCGACAUCAUCCCCGACAUCAUCCGCGAGCAAAUCCGUCUGAAGGCCGCAGAACACAGACAGACGGUCCUGGAGUCCAUAAAGACGGCAGGUGCUGUGUUUGGAGAAGGAUUCAGGGCCUUUGUGUCGGACUGGGACAAAGUGACGGCCACGGUGGCAGGACUGACCCUUUUAGCUGUGGGAGUUUAUUCCGCCCGAAACGCCACAGCCGUGGCGGGACGUUACAUCGAGGCGAGGCUCGGGAAGCCGUCUCUGGUGCGGGAAACGUCCCGGUUCACCGUCGCGGAGGCAAUCAAGCAUCCAGUGAAGACGGCCAAACGGCUGAAGAGCAAACCUCAGGAUGCCCUCGAGGGAGUCGUGCUCAGUCCUUCCCUGGAAGAGCGUGUACGCGAUAUCGCCAUAGCAACAAGGAACACGAGGCAGAACAACGGCCUCUACAGGAAUAUCCUCAUGUACGGCCCUCCAGGCACGGGCAAAACUCUCUUUGCUAAGAAGCUGGCGGUGCAUUCUGGGAUGGACUAUGCAAUCAUGACUGGCGGUGACGUGGCACCCAUGGGCCGCGACGGUGUGACCGCGAUGCACAAAGUGUUUGACUGGGCCGGUACAAGUCGUCGCGGACUCCUUUUGUUCGUUGAUGAAGCCGAUGCAUUCCUUCGCAAGAGAUCCACUGAGAAGAUCAGUGAGGACCUUCGAGCCACUUUGAAUGCAUUCCUGUACCGUACUGGAGAGCAGAGCAGCAAGUUCAUGCUGGUGUUGGCCAGUAACCAACCAGAGCAGUUUGACUGGGCCAUAAACGACCGCAUUGACGAAAUAGUAAAUUUUGCUCUGCCGGGUCCCGAUGAGAGGGAGAGGCUGGUGCGGCUGUACUUUGACAAAUAUGUGCUGGAGCCUGCCACGGGAGGGAGGCAGCGGAUGAAGCUGGCCCAGUUUGACUAUGGUCAAAAGUGCUCUGACAUAGCGAAGCGGACAGAAGGCAUGUCAGGAAGAGAGAUCUCUAAACUGGGUGUGGCCUGGCAGGCCGCAGCCUAUUCCUCUGAAGAUGGCGUCCUGACGGAAGCUAUGAUUGAUGCUCGAGUGGGUGACGCUGUCAAGCAACACCUUCAGAAGAUGGACUGGCUGCAUGGAGACGAGGAGCCUCAGGCCAAGACCCUGACACUUCCUCCAGCUGGAGCGACAGCCGGGGGGGGCAAAAUGGGCUUUACUCUGCCGCUCAGUGAAGCACCGGAGGCCCAGGAAGUCAUCGCCCCGGUCCUCGACGUGAAAGCAGGACAAGAUGGUGAAAGUAUACCACCUCCGUCAGACAUCAACACCCAGUCAGCAGAUGGCAAAAGCGCCCCCCCAGGAGGAAAGGACUGUGAGGAGGCUGCCAAAGCAGAGGCUGUUACAGAAGUGGAGACUGUAGCCCACCACGCUGACAGGAAGAUGAAGGAAGACAAACCUGGAUCUUCUCCUCCUCCUAAGGAUGGAACUCCAGUUUAAGCUGUCGAUGCAGAGUGGCCUGAAUUAGAAGGAUGAGUGUACUGCCCCUUUAACUAGUCUGUAGUUUAUGUCUGGAAGACCAGUGGACUGUCUUUGACAGGAUGAGUUCAGCAGGGCAGAUAAUUAAUUAACAACAAAACACAAAUAACGCCCGAGGCUCUUUGAUUCUAAUAAUAUAUACAUUGUAAAAGUGUACUUUACAGAUUGUGUCUACAAUAAGAAUGACUAGAAUGAUGUAUUUACGUCAUGUGCACCGUGUGUCUCUGUGGAAAUGAUUAAAUGGAUUUGUGUUUUUAUAAACUGCAGAAGUUCUGUUAUUAGCAUAAAGUUCUUUGAUGAUAUCAUACAACUUGUGAUGUGAGUUGAAUAACUUAAAUAUUUAUUCCCCCAUAGAGCCACAUUUGAUCAGUCACUGGCAUGAACUUGAUUAGUACAACCUGUAUUAAAAUGUUUAUGUUGAUCACA